AUCCAAGUCGUCCCGGAGUCUCAUUGCCACCGAUAAACAAAAGCAAAAUCAAAAACCAAAAAAUAGCCUCCAACAGAGUACACCUAUUUUUCCUCAACAUAUCUUUCCGCUAUUUCUUUUCUGCCUCUCUCCUAAUUUUACUCAGAUUUCGAUCUUAGUGUCUCAACCUCAUUCCUCUCGUCGUUGAUCCCUUCUCGCCGGCGACAUUAUCCGUUAGGCUAGGGUUUGUAGUGCUUUUGCUCUUCACGCCUUCAACUUUCGCUUAUUCAUCCUACCUAUAGUUUAUCGAGUUCCAAAUUGCUCGUCCAAACUUACCAAUCAGGCUUCAGUAUGAUAUUCGGCUAGUUUUUACGUCUUCAGAUUUUUGAAAUUAGGGUUUUGAUUAUAAUUUAAGUUCCCGCUUUUGGUUGCUGCCUCCGGGAUUAGGGUUUCAAUAUCGAUCCGAGUGUUUAAUACACUCUUCAUAUUCGAAAUUAGGGUUUUGAGUAUUUUUCAGUGAUGCCGCGAAGUUCACGCCACAAAUCCAGCAAACAUAGUUCGAGAGAUGCGAGGGACUACUCAGAUUCUGAGAAGGACUCGAGUUCCAAGGACAGAAAGAGCAAAGAGGAGAGUACUGCUAGGGUUUCUAAGGACUCUGGUUCCGGGGAAAAGAGAAAGCUCGAUUCCAAGGAGAAUAAAGAUUCAUUUGGCUCCGGAGAUGGGGAUUAUACAGAGGAAUAUCCGUCAUUAAAGCGGUUUAAAGAGAGACCUAUGAACGGUGUAAAUGAUAGGUGGAAUGGCGGAGAUGAUGAUAGAGGCGAGGUGACAAAGAAGUUGAAGGAGAAGUCGGGUGAAUCCAGGAGUAAGAGGAGAGAUGAGAGUGCUAGAGCAUAUGGUGAGAGUGAGGAGGCGGUGAAAAAGAGUAGUGGAAAGAGUGAGGGAAAGCAUAGGGAAUCAAGUAGUCGAAAGGAAGGGAGAGAAGGUGGAACUGAGAGGGACAGGGAAAAGGAAAAGGAGAGGGAUAGGAGAGGUAAGGAAGGGAGGAGUGAUAAAUUGGUUGAUGGCCAAGACCUGCGUGCAGUGAAGCAAGCAUCUGAAAAAACUGAGUUGCAUACACGUGAUGCAUUGCAAAGCCCUGAAUUGGAAAGCCUGCCUGAUAAACGAAGUAGGAGAAGACGGGAUGGUUCUGGUGAUGGAGAUAAGCACCAGGAUGGUAUCGGAGAGUCCAAUGACAGGCGAUUGUCUUCAAGGGAGAAUGUUGGCAAGGAUGGUAGGGCAAAGGAUGAGAAGGAGAAGCACAAGGAUGAGAGAUAUAGAGACAAGUACAGUGAAGAUGUGGGCAGGGAAAACAGGUACCGUGAUGACAAGCAAAGGGAUGAACGUGCUUCAAAAGAUCAAAUUAAUAGCAGAUCUGAUGAUAAGAACUUGAGAGAUGAUAAACAUGCUAUAGAUGUUAAACUGAAGAAAUAUAAGCUUCAAGAUGGUGAUCGAGAGCACGAGCAUGAUCAUAUUUUUGAUCUCGGUUGGGACCAUGAUCAUGAUAUUGAUGGUGAAAGUUCUCAUUGUGACCGACAUAGGGACCGUGAUAGAGAUCGAGAUCAUGGCCGUGAUCAUGAUCGUGAUUGGGAUUGUGAUCAGGAUGGAGACCAUGAACGAGACCGGGGCCGAGAGCGUGACCGAGACAGAAAUCUUGACUAUGAUGAUCGAAGAGCUAUCAGAUACAAAGAUAGCAGGGGAAGGAAGCUAUCUCCUGAUGAUCAUGAUGAUUAUAAUGAUGUUAGAUCUAGAGGUGUCAAAACACUUGCUCUUGACGUGGAAAAGAAAUUGUUGAGCAACAGUAGAGUUGAGUCUGAUGCUGACAGGGGAAGGUCUCAAUCACAUCAAGCUCACCGAGACAACACUACAACCAGCAAUAAGAGGAGAGCUUCCCCCAAUACCAGUUCAUUUGGAGCUGCAGAUGAGUACAGGAAAUUUAAUCAGGAAGAACUAAAGCAAAGGGAUGCUCCGAUAGAACAGAGUUCCAAAUCAAUUUCUUCAAGAGAUGCUAAUAGUUUGCCAGGAGUAUCAGAUAGAGCUUCCAGGUACAGAUCUGCUGAGAAGCCUACUAAAGUGGAUGAUGGCAAUAUUGGAGAGUUGUCUUUGGAAAGAUCUUCCAGAUCUAAAGCUUCACCCAUGGGCCUGGCUGAUAGAUCCCCUUCAUCAUCAAGUCUGGAGUGCAGAUACACCAAUAGGUCUGGUGUUAGGCGGAGUCUUGACAUUGAAGAAUCAGGAAGGAGGAGAAGUGGCUCCAUGGGUCCAAGGGAUAUGCCUUAUGGUGAUGACAGUUCAAAUUGGGAUUUACCUUUGGAAAAGUCUCUGGCUGAUGAGUCAACUUCAGUUGAUUCAUCCUUUUACAACAGAAAUAGCCAAAGCAACUCUGCUUUGAUUCCUCCAUCUGCUUUCAGGGGUGGAGUUGGAAGCCCUUCCUUUAUGGGUUCACUGGAAGAAGAUGGUAGAAUUAAUAGUGGUGCCCGCCACAAGAGGAGUGCUGAUCCAAAUAUGGCAAGAGGGCAAGGAAAUGUUUGGAGGGGUGCUCCAAACUGGUCUUCCUCUGUGCCAAAUGGCUACAUUCCUUUCCAACAUGGGCCACAUCAUGGAGGUUUUCAAGCCAUGAUGCCCCAGUUUCCAGCUCCUCCUGUGUUUGGAGUCAGACCCCCAAUGGACAUCAACCACUCUGGGUUUCCUUAUCAUAUUCCUGAUGCUGACAGGUUUUCCAGCCAUCUGCGCCCUCUUGGAUGGCAGCACAUGAUGGAUGGCUCGGGGCCUGCUCACAUGCAUGGAUGGGAUGGACGUAAUGGUGUAUUUAGGGAUGAAUCACAUAUAUAUGGGGGAACAGAAUGGGACCAUAGCAGGCAUUCAAUGAAUGGUCGAGAGUGGGAAAACAGUUCUGACAUUUGGAAGGGGCAAAAUGGUGAUAUGAAGAUGGAUUUGCCAUCGACAUCCCUGAAAGAGGAUUUUCGAGUGCAGGCCCCUGGGGAAGAUGUUCUAGCUGGCCAGGAAGGUCAAAGGUCACAAAAUGAAAGUAGUUAUCAUGGGGUUCAGGAAAAAAUUAUUGAAACAAGGGUAGCUGCAGCUCCAUCAGCAAAAAAAUCUUACAAGUCAUCACCUGAAACUACCCAUUUGCAGGAACCUGAUCAUCCUAAAUUACCAAGUAAUGAUAGUGUUGCUCAUUUUUACUGUGCUUAUCUUUCCAAGCUGGACAUUUCAACUGAACUUACUGAUCCAGAGCUGCACAGUCAGUUUAUGAGUGUGUUUAAUGUAGAACAGAGUGCUACUGCUGAUGAAGACACUGCCUUCCUUGUAAAUUUGAAGGAUGGUGCAAAAGCAGUACCAAAAAGUUCCAAGACCUUGUUGAGCUCCCCACUUUUUCCUGCCACAAGUGCUGCUGUUUUUCAGAGAGCAAUGGACAUUUACAAGAGGCAGAGAGUAAGUUUGAGCCUGCCAAUGGCUAAUGGUGGAAAAGUAGAUAUUAUUUUAGCCCCCAGGAUAGAGGAGCAAGUGCCUGUUAAUGAUUUGGACGUAGGAGGAGAGCCAGUUUUAGAUCACAAUGAAGAAAUAUCUGAUGUGCAGAUGCUGAACUUGGAUGAGGAGAAAGUGAAGGUUCAUGCUUCAAUUUCUCGUGAGAAAGGGAAUUUGGAAGUGGCUUGCAGCCAGGAGCUAGCUGUUCAUGCUCAUACCUCUAAUCUUAGGCUGGAAUCGGCCAGUCAAGCUCUUAGUCAUGAUAUCCCAGAAGAGCCCAUGAUGAUUUUCAGUGGUGAUAAGGUAGACAAGAUGUCAAGUGAGAUGGUCAAUUCAGAAGAUAAACAGGGAGAUUUUGUUUCCACUCCUGAUGAUGUUCCCAAUGCUGACCAAGUUUUACCCACAGAUGGGCAAAAAAUGGAUGAGAAUCGGAAGAUGGAGGGUAGUAAUACAUAUAAUCGUGCUGAAGAAGGGGAGGGAGUUGGUAAUGCUAUAUGUGGUAGUGUAAUUUUUUCUGAUGGUUCCCCCAAGGCAUCUGGGGCUUUGAUGCCUGGGUCAAAUGAGCCUGAGUCGGUAAUUUUAAGACGGAUACAUCAUUCUCCUGAAAGUACACAUUGAGACAAUUUCUAUAUCCAUGUUCUUUGAUGCCUUUUGGGUUUAAUUAUUUUUAUUUUUUCCCAAUUUUGUUGCUCUCUCUUUUUUUCAAGGAAUAAAAAGGAGAUCUGCUCUUUUGGGUCCCCACCCUGGAAUACGGGUAAUAGGGUCCUACCAAA